AUGAGUUUUUACUAUCUUGACAAAGACAUAUGUGUGUUCCUCAUGCAGACCUUCAUUUGGAUCAUCAUGACGCUGGUGCUGGGAGCGCUAACCGACAUAGUGAUGCCCACCACCCGCAUUCAAACAGCGCUGGAGCACCUGUUGAUUUUGCUGUGUAUCGGCAUCAUUCUGACUGAUGCGCACUUUACACACUUUCGCUUCAUGAUUUGGUGGAAGCGCGAGGGCCUGGACCAAGGGGGCAACUCCCUCACAGCUGCCUUUGCUUGUCUUCUGGGGCUCUCUGUAUCUGCUCAUGUGCGCUUCUACAUCAACACCCAAGGUGGUCCCAUGUUUCAGACCUUCAGAGACAUGUGCUGUCGAAGCCCACACGAGCAAAGCAGGCACCUGGACAUCUCCUCAGGCGAGACCGACUCGGAGGAUGACUUGGAGAUCUCGGAGUUUCUCCAGGCACACAUCAAGAAGCAAUCCAAACUGCGAGAUGGCGUUCGAACCACGUGCCUCAUCGCGAACAGCGCGAUCAUCUUGAUUUGGCUCGGGGUUUGCCUCGCCGAAGCUGCAAUUUGGCGAUCCCCAGGUCUCCCUUGGGAUCCAUCUCCAGGCACACGCCCCCAAGUGGGUAGGGGUCCUUUACCAAUGCCGGCCGUUCUGAGAAACCACACUCACCCACGGAGUUUGAUGGCCAAAGGCUCCACGGCGUUGACGCAAAAUCCAUCGUCUCCGGACACUGUUCUUCGGCCAGUUUUCCAGGCAACAAUACGGCGAAGGAGCUCCUGA